UGAAGAAAGACGCAGCAAAACAAACCGCAGCAGCCGCGACAGCGAAAGCCCACAGCACCGCCACCGGCGGCCCUGGCUAGGCUUCACUCGUUUGAGCACUCUAAUGGCCCUGCUGCUGCGGAUGGGCGGAAGCAUGUGACGGUGACCAUCAUGCCUUGUGGAUGGCCUUUGGCCACGUGGAAGGUCUCGGCAGACAACUGAGAAGGAGCUGAUGGCGUGUUUAGCCAUCCACUAGCACACAUUCCCGGUACGCAAGAGGGAGAAGAUGGGCGGGCGAGGGCAACGGUGCAUUCAUUCAGUGCAUGGUUCCUCCUUACAGCACGACCCAGCCGUGUCCACUGUGACGAUACUCGGCGGCGGUGUGGAGAGCGUCGUCGUGGCGGCCAACAGCACACAGCAACCGGGGGAGUUUGCUAUGCUAGCCAGCAUGUCCAUGAAUGCAUCAAUAUGCCUUUUCUUCUGUGCAGGUGCUGCACGCGGCCAAGCUUCAAGCGUCCGUGAGCGCGCACACCUGUAGAGAGACCCAUCGAGAUCGAUAUGAGAGCGGAGAAUACGUGUUGGUGACCUGCGCGAGGGCCAACACGGACGCACAAUCCCAGGGCACAAUCACUGCUCAGCAAGUCAGCCGGAGGCGACAUGAGGUGACAAAAACAGUUCUGACUCUCUGUCUUGAUCGAUGUGUGUGUUUAGGUAUUCGAUCAACAGUGCGUCGGAUCAGCUGAUUGCGUGGCUGGUGGGGGGCGCGGUGGAAGGCCUGAAGGAGGUACACAGACGGUCAGCUGGCCAUCGGCCAGCUUACGGUCAGUCCAUUGACAUUCUUUGUUGUCUGUGUUCAGUGAUCGCAUUCCUCGCGGCCUGUGCCCGUCUAGUCUGCUGCUCUUCGAGUCCUCCCUGCCGAACAGGAGGUUCCUCAAGUCGUCUGUCGGCAAGCUCAAGGCAUCCCUUCGCGCCCGGCGGGCAGACGGGAGGGAGGAUGUAGCGGCGAGGAGGAAGAACCAGAAGGUCGGCCAGCCAUACGCCGGCCUUCAGAUCUCUCCGCCGCUCGGACACGUGUGUGCUUUGGUGUGUCUUCCUGCAGGCGGCGGUGAAGGCCACCCAGGGGAAGGCCCACGACGAGCACUCGGAGGUAAGUCUGCGGGCAUACAGAUAGAUCUGACACGCAUGGGAGGCGGGAGGAUGGAUGGAUGGGAGGGAGCACACACACACGACACACCGCACAAACACAUGGUGCCCUUUUCUGUCUGUCUGUGCCACAUGUGUGUCUGCCCAGAACGACGACGAACUCAUCCUCUGCACGGACUCCGACGGCGAGCCCCUCGACGAGGAAGAAGAGAAGGAAUACGUGAAGGGCGGGAGGAAGGGGCUGGACGAGCUGAGGGCCGCCCGCCCGCCGCCGCCGAGAAGGCCCGCAAGGAGGAGGCCGACCGCCGAAGGCGAGAAAAAAGGCCAAGAAGGACGCCAAGAAGCGACGUAUGCUGAACGGGUGGAAGGCUCAGCAGUGCCUCGGCUUGGAACUCCCGCCCAAGCACUACGAGGAGGCCCGCAAAGCCGCCAUGCAGAACAAGAAGCUCCGCCGCUGAACUAAGACAGACAGACAGCCAGCAGUAGACAGAUGCGGGGCCGGGCCAGGGAGGGGGGGAGGGAGUGCGAAAUAGGCAGGAGGGGAUGAAUAUGAUGUAUUGAGGGCAUGUGUUUUUCAUCAUUGUACAGUGCAUUACACACACACAUGCCAUACUACGUGUACAUGCCCUUUUCUGCCCACCACACUGCUAGAGCGCUGCUGCAAUGCCGACUGACUGACUAUACCUCUCGGGUCACGAAAUGCAAAGAGCAGAACCUCCGGCUGGGACGUGUGGGUGAGAGAGAGAGUUAGGGGGGGGGGGGG